GAUAUAAUAAAUUUCAAUGCCUUUGUUUAUAUAAAUACUUUGCGGGUUUACAAUGAUCAAUUACUCGUUACUUCGUUAAUAAUUAAUUUAUGCGUACUGUUGCGUACAAAAUCACGAGAUUCAAUAUUGUAUUUUUCUAGGAAUUACCAGCCUUAUUCUCAAUGAUAACAUUGCCAUUUUUCAAAAAAAUUUUCCUGGUACUUUAAUCAUUUAGCCUUGUGGCUUGACUGGUUCAAUGUAGAAACAAACGGUCUCGGAUCAGUUUCGAAGGAAUUCAAGCGUUUGGUGAUUUCAAAUGAAGCAAGAUGACUUCAAAUUGCAUACUAGAUUCCCAAAAAUAUAACAAGUUGUGCCUAAAAUUAUCACGUGCAACACCAGAUGUUAAACUGAAACAGCUCAAAUUCUUGCUUCAAGAUGUCAUCUUGGAUAUUGACAUCAAUGACAACAGAUUAUUUGUGGAAUUGAUAGCAAAGUUGGAGUCGAAAGGGUUGUUGACCCGUAAUAAACCAGGGCGCAAUGAAGGCCUGAUGCUUUGUGAGAUGUUUGAUGCUAUCUCAAUGCAUAACAUUGCAAAUGACAUUUGUUCAGAGUUCAAAGUUGAUAGAGAUCCUUUACAUCAGAAGAUCUCUCCAUUUAGGAAAUUCCUUGUGCAAGUGUCGGAUGAAUUAAAUCAAGCUCGAUUUGUUGAAAAGAUGAGAGAGUACUUGCAAACUGAAGGUCAUGAUAUUCUACAAAACCUUGAUGAUCAAGGUCUUUCCUCGCUGGAUAUCUUGGCAGCAAUGAUAAGAGCUUGCUUGAUCUCCCCAAGUGACUUAUCUCAGUUGAGAGGAAUGGUUGAAUUUAUCCCAAGAAGUGAUCUUGCUCAACAAAUUGACGAGUUUAACAAGAACAACCGCAUAUUCAAAAAAGUUCCGUUCGGGCUACGCAAUCUACCCCGUGACAUGGUCGAGCGACCCUCAGAAGUGAACGAGCUGUUGAAGUUACUUGACGCGGGAAAUAACAGUGUGGGCGUGGUCGGAGUUCGUAGCGGUGACGUCAUUGGUAUUCGUGGUAUGGGUGGCCUGGGUAAGACAGUCCUAGCCCAAGCCAUCGCCUGGUCUGCCGCAAUCACACGUCAGGUUGUCUGGCUUGAUAUUGGUCAAACCCCGGACUGUUUAGCCCUGAUCAAUGUCCUGGUUAAAGCUCUUGGGGGGACUGCAUCGUUUAGCAACAUUGAAGACGCGCAGAUGUGGCUACGAGCGAAUACCGUUAGCAAAGAUUGUCUGGUAGUGCUUGACGAUGUUUGGAACGUUGAACACGCAAGUGUCUUCGAUUUCCUUUCUGGAAAAUGUCAAUUAUUGAUCACUACGAGAGAUGCUGAUGUUGUUCGCGGCUUAAAAAGUGCUGCCUUGUACGAACUUCAGACGAUGGCACAGGAUAAAUCCCGCAAACUGCUGUAUCAAAGCGCAAACGUAAAAGCCGAACAGUCGAAGUUUAGUCCAAAUAUGAAACGAAUUGUUGUUGAACUUUUAGAGCAGUGUCGAGGUCUGCCCCUCGCUCUUUCCUUAGUUGGUUCAAAUUUAACCGACACUCGUGUGGAACAGGAUUGGCAGGACAUACUGGAUGAUCUUAAGAACGCUGACCUGGCUGAAUUACGUUCGCUGUUUCCAACAGAUGCUUAUCCACAUGAUAACCUACUGGCCGCCAUCAAUGUCAGCUACCAGCGCUUGGAACGAAGCGAGCAACAGAGGUUCCUAGAUUUCGCCAUAUUUCCUGAAGACACAGACAUCCCUUCAGAUAUGCUUGAAUUGUUUUGGUCUUUACCACGAGACGGAAGAGAAAUAUUCAAUCCCAGAGCGGGAAGACGCUCACUUAGUGUUCUUGAGAGGAAGUCCCUGAUUCAAAAAGGACCGGAAAUCCAUGGGAAAAACAGCUACCGGGUCCACGAUCUCAUCUUGGACUUUGCGCGUGGAAAAUGUCGAGAGACGAUUACCGACGCCAGGCGUAUGUUCCUAGACGCACUUCGUAGUCAUUGCAAGGACGGUGAAUGGCCAGGAUUUCAGGGCAAUAAAGACUACUACUUCAAAUACCUUCCAUAUCAUAUUCAUUCUUCGGAAGAAUACGGAGAACUACUCGCUUUGUUUUUCAACUAUCAUUGGCUCGACCAAAAAGUAAAGCAGACCAACUUACCUUCCCUGAUCUCGGAUUUUCGUUUUCUGGGCACCGCCUCGCACGAAAUUAAACUUCUCAAAUCCUCGUUGAUGCUAUCUGCCGAUGUUAUCGAAAAGCACCCGGACUCCAUCGGUCUACAACUUCUGGGUCGAUUGCUAUCGUAUGCAGACGAACAUCCAAGCGUGAAUAAGCUAUUGGAACUUGCCCGUAAAACGAGCGAAGAGACUCGUCGUCUUAUCCCGUUAUUUCCCUGCCUGUCUGAGCCGGAAGGAGCACUAAUCAGGAUAUUUCGAAACCACAGCGAUACUAUAUUUUCAUUAGUUACAACCAUCAGUGCGAACGGUACAAUUGUCAUUUCUGCCUUGGCGGACGGCUCAAUUAAGGUUCACGAAUUAGAAACAGGCAGACAGCUACAAUUGCUUGAAGGACAUACGAUGGCCGUCUAUUGCUUGGCCCUUUCUCACAGUGGGACAAUUCUCGCAUCCGGAUCUUAUGAUUCUACCGCAAGGCUUUGGAAUUUGGACAGCUAUGAUCUGCUCUUUGAGUUACAAGCUGGAGAAGGUGGUUAUGUAAAUGCACUGGAUUUUAGUGAAGAUGAUAAACGACUGUUUACUGGAUCAAAUGAUGGGAACCUUCGAGAAUGGGACGUGAACACUGGUGGACUGAUAAGUGUGGUUGGUGCCCACGAUGGACAGCACAUUCGUGGCAUGUGUACCACCAAAGAUGGUUCAUACAUCGUUACUGCGUCGCACGAUAGCACCAUCAAGUUAUGGCGGGCGGAUACGUUAGCUUUAGAAGCUACAUUGAACGGUCAUACUGCCACUGUCUACUGUGUUGUGGCGACAAGUUCCGAAGAUCAUCCUUCGAUGCUUGUAUCAGCCUCUGGGGAUAAAACGUUGAAAAUUUGGGAGUUGACAACAUAUCAAGAAAUACGUUGUCUUCGUGGUCAUCAAGGCGACGUCUACUGUGUUGCUGUCACACCAGAUUCGAAAUAUAUCAUCUCUGGAGGUCAAGAAAUGAUUGUCAGAUUGUGGUGCUUCAACACCGGAAAGUUGCUUUUCAGUUUGAAAGGCCACAGUCAAGCUAUCAGGUCUGUCACAGUUGUUUCUGAUGGAACAAUGGCGCUGUCCGGCUCGCAAGAUAAGAGUUUUAGAGUGUGGGAUCUGGACACUGAUUUGUACACGAAGCAAGACAGAUCACGUGGUCAUGCGGGAGACGUCAUCGACAUUGCAGUGGCACGUGAUGGUUCGAGAUUUGUCUCCUCGUCCAUGGAUGGGACUUUCAAGGUCUGGAACUGUGAGACCGCCGAGGAAUGUUUCACUUUUAGAGGUGUAAAGAGAAGAGCUGUAAAUGUCUCUGUAUCUGACGAUUGUCGCCAUGUCGUAACACUGGGGAAAGAUGCAACAUCCUCGAUUAAGGUCUGGGACCUGAUUCUUGGAAGCGAUAUUUCUGGUAUAGAGAGACCGGAUAACCAACCUCGAAUAGUUCGCUUCUCACCAGACGGCAAGCUGGUCGUGGUUGGUUGCAAUGAUGACCAAGUCUUUAUCUGGGAUUGGAGAAACUACGAUGUACCAUUAAUGUGUAUCACCUUACCCGUGUUUACGACCAUGGAGAUAGCACCUGCCUUUGCGACGAUGGACGAAGCUCGUGAUAAGAACAUGAUCAAAACGUGUAGCAGAAAUAUGGAAGUUUUUUUGAUCGAUCUCAAAACACAACAAGUAGUGCAGAAUAUUUGCCAAGGCCCUUGUCCAAAGUGUACGUCUAUGGUUGUAUUGCCCGACGCUCAGGCUAUAUUGUCAGGAAUUCCUACUGAUAGUUCGUUUAUUUAUUGGGAACUAACGACAUCACGUGAAAUCAGAUACAAUGCAGGUCAUCCUCGUGACUCGGUAGUUACUGCCAUUGACAUAACAUCAAAUGGAAAACUAGCUUUGUCUGGGAGCAGUUCGGGAACGAUGUCUCUGAUGGACUUGGAGAGCUCCAACAUUGUUCAAACGUUCCAGAAGACCCAAUCCGGAGCCAGCGUACGCUUGGUUAGCAUCUUGAAAGACGACGAACGUUUUGUAUUUGUUGACGAGGCAAAUCGAGUCGAGUUAAGACUUAUUCAUAACAACAACGAGGCUGAAUUGGAAUUACCUCAACCUUCUGUGGUUCAACCAACAAUUAAAGUGGCCUGUGCUACUCCGCUUGGCUCAAAAUGUAUAUUGCUUGGUUGUGAAAACGGAGAAGUGUUGUUAUACGAUUGUUUCGUAGGACUUAAAGAUGAGCAUAAAUAUCAGGCUCAUUCGGAAGCCAUUACCCAAGUUAAAAGCCAUCCAAGUAACGAAUUUGCCUUCUUCGUGUCGGGAUCCGUCAGUGGUUCUGUGAAAUUUUGGUACGUCACAAAAACAGUUCCACCUUUCUGGAGCCAACUGUGGUCACAUGAUAAGAUCCACGCGAAUCCCAUAACCACCCUGGCGUUCGUGCCCAAAUCUGAAGACAUUGUGAUUGGUUCCUAUGGAAGCAAGGUUCAUCGAAUCAAUGCUGCAGGAAUAGUGCAAACGUACAAAUUUAAGUGUCAUGGAAUUGCAGCUCUGCGGGCCGUAGGCGCCUCUCUCAUUGCAGUGUGUAUUCACAGCUUCAGCAUCGUGCAGUGGCGUUUGGCUGACGGUCAGGUUACUUUGCAAAAGCAUGGUGGUGCUGGGAGAGAGCAGGUCGUGCGUAUUAACCAUGAAUCUGAACGUGUUGCUUCGAAAGGCCCUCAUCAUUCUUUGCUGCUCUGGGACUUCAAGACAGGAGCGACGUACCAUAAACUUCGUGGUCACACCAACGACAUCAGGUCCAUGGCGGUUGUGCCAGGAGACGAAUUUCUAUUGUCAGGAGCGCGCGACAAGACGUUAAAAUUGUGGGAUUUGAAAAAUGGAGAAUUUCUGGAGGAGUUUCAUUUCGAGCAGUAUGUUCGUGCCAUCGCAUGCGCAACAGAUGGAACCGUUUGUGUCGGUCUACAAGGCGGUCAUGUCUGCGUUUUUCGUAUCAAAAAGCUAUCGCCUUGCUCAGUUGGAAAGUAAGUUUAACAGACAAGAUUUACGGAAAGAAAGAAGCAGCCUUGCGCUGUGAACGGUCCAGAAAAACUUUGAAGAGCAAAACGAUCAGGUAACUGUGCUGUGAAAGCAUUUUCAUUUAGCACCACUUGUCUGCAAACACUUAAUCCACUUUGGUGAAUGAUAAAUUUUGUCGAGAAAGUUUAGAAACGGUAAAGAUGUGUCAAGGCCUUUGAACAACACACACUGAACAACAGUAUAAGAUAUUUAGUGUUUUUAGUCACGUCAGAUACACUCAAGUGGCAAAGGCUGCCAAGCAGAGUCGCUACGCCACCCGUAAAAAGACAGAAGACGUUUUAUAAAAACAUGAACAUCGUAGUUUUUUCAAAUAUUAUUUUAUUGUUCAUACAAAU